CUUUGCAGAUGUACACCAGGAAAUGACGUUCACCAAAAGCAUUAAACAUUUAGACAAAUCUCAAGAUGGAGUCAAGAGAAGAAAGAAAUAACUACUACAUUCAGAAAAUACUUUCAGAUGUUGUUACGAAGAAACUUGUUGAUUUAUUUAUCCAAGAGUGGAGCAUUAAUCACGGAGUAUGGGAUAAUACAAAAGUUAGUGGUCAGAAGUUGGUCAACAUUGAAAAACCAAAAAAGAAACCUUUAGACAAACAUAUUUUGUCAAAAUUUCAAGAUGGUGACACCAGUGAGUGGGAUUGUACGACACUGUUUGCAGCGAUAUUGUAUUCCAAAUCAAUUGGAACAAAACUUGGAACAACAACUAGAUCUGCAGUUGAUGCACUUCGUAUUGUAAGAAACAAAUUCACCCAUGAUAAUCCAGGAAGAGUAUCUGAUACCGAAUUUGACAAAAUGCUUUGUGAUAUUGAAAAGUCAUUUAAAGAUCUAGCAUUUUCAUUCACUGAAAUUAAUGAAAUUAAAUGUCAACGAAACAGAUUUAAUUCUUUUCAAGUACUUCCUUGCAAAUCAAAUCACGAUGUCGUUAAACGUACAGAAUUACUUAAUCAAAUCACAGCAGAUCUCAACAACUUGCGCAGUUCUAACAAUAAUGAACUAACAUAUUACUAUAUUUCUGGUAAUCCUGGCAGUGGUAAAUCACAAUUAGCCAGACAAAUUUACGAAGAAAUGUAUAAUUCGUUUGACUGGGAAAAUCAAACGACAUUUGUGAUGACACUCGAAGGAAAAGAUGCUGACUCUCUUUGACAACUUAUGCUGAACUUUAUCAACGAUUAAGCAAUGAUAAAACUGUCAUUGAAAA